AAAACUGUACAAACAAUGGUAUUUGCCAUUGAAGAAAUCAACAACAGAACUGAUAUUCUUCCUGGCAUCAGUUUGGGUUAUAAAAUCUAUGAUACCUGUGGAUUAGUUGAAAUGACCACAAGAGCCUCAUUGUCCUUAGUAAAUGGUGAAAAAAAUAAAACUUCGGUGUCCUGCUCUAAAAUUGAAACAGUUCAAGCAAUCAUAGGAGAAUCAUCAUCUACCCCCACUAUUGCCAUAUCUGCUACAGUGGGACCUUUACACAUACCUGUGGUCAGUCACUUUGCCUCAUGUGCAUGCUUAAGUGACAGAAAAAAAUAUCCAUCUUUCUUCAGAACUGUUCCCAGUGAUUAUUUCCAGAGCAGAGCUUUGGCAAAGCUGGUCAAAUAUUUUGGGUGGACCUGGGUAGGGGCCCUAUGCAGUAAUAAUGAUUAUGGGAUGAAUGGCAUAAAUGAAUUUAUCAUUGCAGCAAAAAAAGAAGGAAUCUGUGUUGAGUAUUCCAAGGCAUUUUAUAAGACAGACUCCAGAGAAAAAAUCCUGAAAAUAGUUGAGAUUAUCAAGGCUUCAACCUCCAAAGUUAUUGUAACUUUUGUUGCAUACUCUGACAUGGGGGUUCUUUUAAAGGAAUUGGCCUUACAGAACAUGACUGGGUUUCAGUGGAUUGGAAGUGAGUCCUGGAUUUCUGAUUUAAACCCAGCCAAUGUUCAAUGGCAGCAUGUUCUAACAGGGUCUUUGGGUUUUGCUAUUCCAAAAGCUGAAAUCACUGGCCUUGGGGAAUUUCUGACUAAGCUUAAUCCAGCUUCUGAUAUAGCUAUUUACAAAGAGUUGUGGGAGACAGUAUUUCAGUGUAAACUUUCAACACAAGAAAAUGUUGAGAUGAAACUAUUGUGCAAGAGCAAUGAAAGUCUCACUCAAGUUCAAAACCUUUAUACAGAUGUUUCAGACUUACGAAUUGCAAAUAAUGUUUAUAAGGCUGUGUAUGCUGUGGCUUAUGCCCUGCAUAGCAGUUAUGGAUGUUCACAGAGGGACAGUGGACAAGGUGCUGAUGUGUGUACAAACCUUGCAGAUAACCAGCAACCUUGGAAGAUAGUGAAUGAGUUGAAGAAAAUCCAUUUCACCACUAAAGCAGGAGAGGAUGUAUUCUUUGAUGAGAAUGGAGACCCAGCAGCGAGGUAUGAUGUGCUGAACUGGCAGAAAAGUAAAGAUGGUAAAACAAUGAUUGUUAAAGUGGGUUUUUAUGAUGCCUCACUGCAAACACACCAACAGCUGUCAUUUAACAACAUCAAUAUAUCCUGGGCCCUAAACAAGGUGCCAGUCUCUGUGUGUAGUCCAAGCUGUCCCCCGGGCACCAGGAAGGCUGUACAGAAAGGAAGGGCAAUCUGCUGCUUUGACUGUAUACCAUGCGCAGAGGGGGAAAUAAGUAAUAUAACAGAUUCUAUAACUUGUAUCAAGUGCCCUCCUGAACUGUGGUCUAAUGACAAGAAGGAUACAUGUGUCUUAAAGCUGGUAGAAUUCCUGUCAUUUGAGGAAAGAAUGGGAAUCAUUCUUGUAUCAUUUUCUUUGUUAGGAGUUUCUUUCACCAUCAUCAUUACUGUAAUUUUCUUUAAACACAAGGACACACCAAUUGUUAGAGCAAAUAAUUCUGAACUGAGCUUUCUGUUACUUUUCUCUCUUACUCUGUGUUUUCUCUGUUCAAUUACUUUUAUUGGAUGGCCAUCUGAUUGGUCCUGUAUGCUUCGCCAUACAGCGUUUGGGAUCAUCUUCGUCCUCUGCAUCUCCUGUGUUCUUGGGAAAACGGUAGUGGUGUUAAUGGCCUUCAGGGCUACACUUCCUGGCACUAAUGUCAUGAAAUGGUUUGGGCCUCUACAGCAGAGACUCAGUGUACUUGCCUUCACUCUUGUACAGGUCAUUAUUUGUGUGAUUUGGCUAAAUGUUUCUCCUCCUUUUCCUUACAAAAAUAUGAAUUACUACAAGGAAAAGAUUAUAUUAGAAUGUAGUUUAGGUUCAGCUAUAGGAUUCUGGGCUGUGCUGGGUUAUAUAGGAUUUUUGGCCUUUUUAUGUUUUAUUUUGGCUUUUCUGGCUCGAAAGCUACCUGACAAUUUCAAUGAAGCCAAAUUCAUCACAUUCAGUAUGCUCAUAUUCUGUACCGUUUGGAUCACUUUUAUUCCAGCUUAUGUCAGCUCUCCUGGAAAAUUUACUGUAGCUGUGGAGAUAUUUGCCAUUUUAGCCUCAAGCUUUGGUUUACUAUUCUGCAUAUUUCUCCCAAAGUGUUAUAUAAUCAUCCUGAAACCAGAGAAGAAUACUAAAAAACAAAUGAUGGGUAAAUGAUUUAGCUAGCUAAAUAGUCAGUAGUUUUGCACUGUUUAAUAUAUGCUUUAGCUUAGCUAAAAGACUUUUAAACAAAUCUUCAUAGAGACCUAUUAUGCAAAUUGUGGAAAUCCCAAGUGGAGGGAAACGUUUAUCCAAAUUUUGUAAAUCCAACUACACCACCCUGGGGGAGAACCAGGGAAAUACUCCCAAAUAAAUGCACACAUAAGUUUUACCAAUCAGGGGAAAGACCAUGAGAGUGAAACAUGAGUUUGAAUAUAAAAAAGAUGUUUUAUUAUGACACUUAAGCAUCAUUAAAAAAUUAACAUGUACAUAUAAAAUCACUCUCCCAUGAAGCACAAUAAGGAUUUUAAAAUGAAGCACUUCUCCAGGCCCAGGCUUGGUGGGAAGAAGACAGGCCAGCUACAGCUCGGGAGGUCAUCCAAACCCACCUCAAGUCACACCAAAAUCAAACAAUACCUACACCAUUAGGAAGUUGUUGUGUCGGCACACUGAGCACGCUGUGAAGCACACACCACUGAAUAAAUGCAGCUAGCCUCCCCUGUCCCACACCAAAACCCUGUUUAACCCAAAAUUACACAAACACUAAACAAUAAACAAAUAAAAACAAGUUACAGACUACGGAUGUCACGAGAACUGAUACCAAUGUUGGUACCAAGUCGAUACCAACAUUCUUAAAAGGUGACGGUACUUGUUUUUCUGGAUAACUGAUUCUAAUGGAGGUACCGAGGUUGAAAUUCUUCGGGACCUGAUGGGGCAGCAAAUACGCGCAAGUGUUUUAGUCGGUCCACAAGUGGGGAAGAAGUACAACAA